AUGGGCGUGGACGACGGCAGCGAGGACCCCUUCAGCAGCGAAGCAGGUUUCGAAAGUGAAGGCAAUGUCCAGACGUCGCCCACCGAGAAGAGCACGUUGCGGCAGUCCACGCUGCGGCAAUCCACGAUGCGCUCAAACACGAAAGGUUCCCUUGCCAACCGGAGCUUCGCAUCGGAGAAGCGCAGCUAUGUUUCCGAAGCGUCCUUGUCGCAAAGCAGCCCAUCGUUGAAACGAUCUGCGACGUCCGGAGGUUUCGGAGGACCGAAAGACACGCUGUUCUUCGGAAAAGAGGUUGGGACCCUUCGAAUCCAGGACAUGAUUCUGGAUCGGGCAUACACCUUCCUGGACUAUGUCCGAGGGGGCCUCGAGUUGCGCAUGAUGUUGGGGAUCGACUUCACUCGCAGCAAUAUGGACAAGCAGAACCCGGAUUCGCUCCACAGCCUAGUGGAUAUGGACCUUCCCACUUCCUAUGAGACUGCGAUUAUCGCCCUUGGGAGCGUUUUGAGGAGCUAUGAUACCACGGAUGAGUAUGCCGUUUACGGCUUCGGGGCGAGGAUCCCGCCCAGUCACUCUGCAGGGAUGCCUAGCCAGGAUGAGAUCUCCGGUCUGUAA